ACUGUUUUCAAUAUGUUUCCAGUUUCAGAGGGAAAAACACAAGCUUGUAUGUUGAGUAUGAGUCAUAACCUCUCUACUGCUACUGACUCACUUAGGAGUUUGAGGGCGGCGUGUUAGUUUUGGUCGGAGGGGGGGUGCAGGCUCUCUGUGACUCGGUGAGAGCUGGCAGAUGUCCCAAGUGAGGGAACCUCUUCCUCCGGGGCCUGAAGGGCCAGAGCAAGCUCCGGCGGAAAGCAGCGCUUUGAUCUCUCUCCCUCGAGAAAAGACUGACCAGGAGAAUACUGUGGCAGGAGAUAAAGACAUAAAACAGCCUUCCAGUAACCAAAGUAUACAACCAGAGAUACAAGACCAGUCCGUCUGGGGAAAUCACACUGAUGGUGACCUCAUCAGAACACAACCUCAACGUUUGCCGCAGCCGAAUACUUCAGCAUUGGAAAGGGGUGAGGAAGAAAGUGGCAAAAUCCAAAACGGCCACGUGGGUCUGAGUAAUGGAAGUGGAAUUCACAAUGGGGUCAAACACGCGCCUGCAGACAACAGAAAACUUUCGGCUCCUGUUUCAGAAAAAAUGCACAGAAAAAUUCAGUCCACCUUGUCUGUCAACAGCAACAGCAGCAAGAAGAGUAAAAUAAGCUCAGCGUUUUCUCAAAAGCCAGGUACUUCACCUGAAGAUUGCUGCGUUCACUGUAUCCUGGCUUGCUUGUUCUGUGAAUUUCUCACCCUCUGUAACAUUGUUCUGGGACAAGCAUCCUGUGGCAUCUGCACAUCGGAGGCCUGCUGCUGUUGCUGUGGGGACGAGAUGGGGGAUGACUGUAACUGCCCGUGCGAUAUGGACUGUGGCAUAAUGGACGCAUGUUGCGAAUCUUCAGAUUGCCUGGAGAUCUGCAUGGAAUGCUGUGGGAUCUGCUUCCCAUCAUGAAAUAUUUAUCCCUUUUUAUUUUAUUUGCUAUGAAACUGGAGAGCUUUUCUUUAAAUACAUUUGAAGAAAGACAAGGUAAGAUUUUCACACAACCAACUGGUAUUGCACUGUUAAUUCCCUAUAUAUAAAUAUUUUUUUAAAAAGCAAUCCUCAAAUCUGUAUUCUAACACAAAUUGUAUAGUUUUGUAUGUGAAACUCAAGCUGCAUUCCAGCUUCCUUUUGGCUUUGCAAAUGGAAGACUUUAUUGAAACCGAAUCACAGGCCUAAUACCACAGGCUGUAUGAGGGCAGAAUUGCCAUUUGAAUUGAAUGACAGGUUUUGGUCAGAGAAGAGACUACGGGGCAAAGCCUUAAGUAUUUGCCUUUAACUACUUUAAUGUUUAAAUGCUCGAAUGCCUCCAUGCAUAACAUGCCUUUACAGGCAUCCUGAAAAGCAAAAUGUCUUUAUUUCAAUCUCUUUGUGUUGAAAGCAACUUCGUUCUAUUAUUUUAAACUUAAUUCAAAAGUCAGCAUCAGGAAUCUAUUUUACUACUGUUUUACUACAGUGGUCACCUUGGCAAUAUUUCUUUUGUUUUGAAUAUCUCAUUGGUUUGAGAGAGAUUCCUGGUAUUUUCCAUUGUCAAUAUUGAUACUAUGGGAAACUUUGGCAAACUAAAUUCAGUUUAAGUUUUGCCAUGGACUAGAGUACCAAGUUUUCAUUGUUAUCAAUCAAGACAGAAUAGAGAACUUGUAUUUUUAUUUCAGUACUAAUAUUACUUGAAAUGCUUCUUUUUUAGAAAGAGACUUUGGAAAUCUGUGUAGACAUGAAAUAUAUCCUUAGACUAACAGACUAAUAGACUAACAAAUCUUCAAAAUUUGGCUGUAAAACAGCAAUUAUUAGAAGUUAAGUCAAGAAUCUAAAUCUGUACAUUAAGUGGCCCUAUCAGUGUUUGUGGCUUUAGAGCCAGUGUCACAUAACUUAGUAUUUAUUUCUUCACUGUGUGAGAAAGAUUCACAGAGGAUGGCAGAACUUAAAUGGGAUAUAAAGACCAAAUUAAAACUGACUUGAUCAAGAAAUUCUGUCAUUGAAUGCAAAAAGCAAAUGCAAAAAUGUUUAUUCUCAGAUCCUUUUUAAGUGUUAUUUUUAAAUAA